GCGCCGCGCGGAAGAUGGCGGCGGACAGGCGCGAGGGAAGGGAGAGCCGCCAGUACUCGGGAGGAGUGCGGAACCUGCUGCGCGACGGGUUCGGAGUCUACGUGUAUCCCAACAGCUUCUUCCGUUACGAAGGCCAGUGGAGGAUGGGCAAAAAACAUGGACGAGGCAAGUUCAUCAUGAAGGAUGGGAGUUUCUACGAGGGGGACUUUGUCGACGGGGAGAUCGAAGGGAACGGCGUUCGCUACUGGGCCCGAACAGGGGACUCGUACUCGGGCCAGUUCCACUGCGGCGAGCUGCACGGCUUCGGCGUCAUGGAGUAUGGGAGUGGACACAGGUACGAGGGACAGUUUUCCUACGGCCUGAGAGAAGGUCAUGGGGUGCUGUCAGAUAAGGUGGGGCACAGGUACGAGGGGUCGUUUCAUGAAAACAAGAAACACGGAGAAGGAAAGAUGAAAUUUAGGAACGGAGAUCGCUAUGAAGGAGACUGGCUCUUAGACCAGAGACAAGGUCAUGGGGUCAUGCGCUAUAGAGACGGGUCAGUCUAUGAGGGUCAAUGGAGGAACAACUUGUUCAACGGUCAGGGAAAAAUGACCCAGAGCUCCGGCGUCGUCUACGAGGGCCUGUGGAUGAAUGGGAGGCCGUGCUGUGAGUGCGGGUUCGAGGUUAUUAGCUACCCUUUGAUGGAGAGAGCCUUUGAAAGCAACGGCCCCAGAAGCGCGGCCCCCCUCGCCGCGGCCAAAUCCGGCUUUGCGCGGGCAGACUCGCCAGUCCCCGAGGGGCAGCCGGGGUCUGGAGGAGGAUCAGACGGCACGGGGCUCGGAAGGGGCACCCCCAGCUACCUGGAUGGGGAGUCCGAGAGCGGAGGCCCAUCCGCAAGGGGAGAACGUGUCGCCGUCGCCGAGUCAUUUUCAGUCUACUGCUUUCUGGUGGACGAGGGGCAGCGGCAUCGUACACGGCACACCACAAACAUUCAACCCUGGCAGUGGGGUGAGCCGCCCUGUGGAAUGUCACAGCGAUGGAACAAGAUAAUUAAUCGUUUAUUUGCUGUCCAGCUAAAACAGCGCCAGUGCACCAUGUUAUUCCGGAAAUGA